GAGUAAUAUAAUGUGUCUGUGGCUUGUUUAUGUGUUCUGAUAUUAAUAAAGUUUUGUUUGAAAAUGGUUUUAAGAUAUGUUUUAGCAGUUCUGCUGGUGUGUUUCGUGUUUGACGCGAAAUCUGAUGAUGAAGGCACAUCGCAGUGGGUUAAAAAAGUCAACGAGAAAAGUUCUGAAGAAGAUCUGGAUCUCACACCGACGAACAAUGAAAGAGUCAGUGACACUGCGUGCAGGACUGAUAACAACAAAAUAGGCGACUGUGUACCAUACUACCUCUGCGACCCGGAUACGUACAAUAUUAUCAUAGAUGGAUCAACACUUAUAGAUGUAAGACAAAUGCAGUGCGGUACAUAUCUUUCCGUGUGUUGUGCUCAUGGAAAUACCAUUCCUGAAAUGGAAAAAAACAACAUUACGGCUGGUUCUGCAAAAUUACCAGGACAAACAGCCAUAACUAGUUCUAGACCUCCUAUUUCAUUAGCUACAACAACUGAAUCCUUAACCGAACCGAACGAGGAAAGAAUGUACACUAUUCCUUCCCAAUCAUAUGGUCAAUGUGGAUGGAAUGACCACAACGUAUUCAUCACGGCUAAUAUUUCUUCUACGUUUGCGAAUUACGGCGAAUUUCCAUGGGCCGUCGCUCUUAUUAAGAAACAGAAUAGCACAGUGUGGACACAGGACAGCUACCUGGGUGGGGGGACGCUCAUCCAUCCUUCGGUAGUGCUAACGGUGGCGCAUAAGGUCGAUAAGUUGACUGCUGAGGAGUUAAAGAUCCGUGCAGGGGAGUGGGACACCCAAACAAUGAGGGAGAGAUACCCGUAUCAAGAGAGAGACGUGAAAAAAAUCCUAAUACAUCCUAAAUUCUUUAAAACAUCAUUGUACUAUGACGCGGCGCUCCUGUUCUUGGAAUCUCCUUUCAAUCUCGAGAACGCCCCUCACAUUGCUGUAGCGUGUAUUGGAAGAAGUCUUCCGAAACCAAAUACUGAGUGCUUCAGCAUGGGCUGGGGCCCUGACUUCCUCGAUGACGGAAAAUUUAUAACUAUUUUGAAGAAGAUUUCGUUACCACUGGUCGGUGCUGCUGAUUGCCAGGAGAAGCUGCAGAAGUCGAGGUUGGGGCGGUUUUUCAGACUCCAUAAAUCGCUAACUUGUGCCGGAGGUCAGCCGGAUGUCGAUACUUGUCAAAAGGAUGGAGGGUCCUCAUUAGUUUGCUCCAUCGAUACGAAAGUUAAUGGGACAAGGUACGCGGUGUAUGGUGCAGUGGCGUACGGCAUAGAGUGCGGGAUAGCAGACCGACCCGGAGUGUAUCUCAAUGUGCCCGAAGUAUCUGGGUGGAUAGAUCAACAGAUGAACAGCGAGAAAUAUGGAACGGCUACAUACACUAUUUAGUGGAACUUGCAUCUAAAUACAUGUUUCAAAUUUUCAGCACAAAAAAAAAAAACGAUUCACGAAAGUUCAAAUGAACUUUACGCUUUUGACAAUUCGAAAGACAGAACACUGUCAGCUUAGUAUAAAUAAAUAUUUUUUUAUACCUA